AUGUCAAGUCUCUUCAUUCCAUCAUUAACCCUCCUGUGGCCAAAUGUCGAUGAUGGAGACACAGUGACGGAUUUCAUUGGUCAAGAGCGAGAAAGGGGCAUUACCAUCCAGUCAGCAGCUGUGAGUCUCGACUGAAAAGGGUAUAGAGUCAAUCUGAUUGAUAAUCCAGGUCACGUAGACUUCACUCUGGAGGUGGAGCGCUGCUUGAGGGUGUUGGACGGUGCUGUGGCCGUGUUUGACGCCUCUGCUGGUGUAGAUUUUAACUAUGCAGUUGAAAGCAUCCUGGAGAAGUUAAAGGCAAAGCCCCUGAUUUUACAGCUGCCAAUUGGUGAAGCCAGAACUUUCCAAGGAGUGGUGGAUGUCGUAAACAAAGAAAAACUCAUUUGGCAUUCUAACUCUGAUGAUGGAAAAGCCUUUGAGAGGAUGCCCCUCUCAGAAGCGAGCGAUCGGGAGCUGCUAAGGGAGACGAUUGACGCAAGGAACUCCUUAAUUGAACAAGUUGCAGACUUAGAUGAUGAAUUUGCUGACUUAGUUUUAGGUGAAUUUAGUGAAAAUUUUGAUUUAGUACCAACUGAAAAGUUACAGGCUGCAGUACACAGGGUGACACUGGCGCAGGGUGUAGAACCUGUGCUGUGUGGGAGUGCCUUGAAGAACAAGGGCGUGCAGCCCCUGCUGGAUGCAGUGACCACUUACCUGCCGUCACCCGAGGAGCGCGAGGACCGAUUUCUGCAGUGGUAUAAGGGUGACUUGUGUGAACUGACAUUUAAAGUACUACAUGACAAACAGCGAGGACCCCUGGUUUUCCUGCGCAUUUACUCAGGAACACUGACGCCUCAGCUGGCUGUCCACAACAUUAAUAGAAACUGCACGGAAAGAAUGAGUCGUCUGCUUUUGCCAUUUGCUGACCAACAUGUAGAAAUCCCUUCCCUGACUGCUGGAAACAUUGCUUUGACAGUUGGUCUUAAACAAACUGCCACUGGAGACACCAUAGUCUCGUCCAAGGCCAGAGCAUUAGCUGCCGCUCGCAGAGCCGGACGAGGAGAAAGGGAGCAUGGAAAGAAGAGAGAGGCCGAGAGUCUGCUGUUGGCUGAGGUGGAGGUCCCAGAGCCUGUCUUCUUCUGCACCAUAGAGCCCCCGUCAGUCGCUAAGCAGCCAGAUUUGGAUCAUGCCUUGGAACGCCUUCAGCGGGAAGAUCCCAGUUUGAAAAUGAAACUCGAUCCUGACUUUGGACAAACUGUCCUGUGUGGUAUGGGGGAGCUACAUAUUGAGAUUAUUCAUGACCGUAUCAAGAGGGAGUAUGGCCUAGAGACCUAUCUAGGGCCUCUGCAGGUGGCGUACCGGGAAACCAUCUUAAACUCAGUUCGCGCCUCAGACACCCUCGAUAGGGUGCUCGGAGACAAGCGGCACUUGGUGAGUGCGGAGCUGGAAGUCCGGCCAUCGGAAGAGCCCUGUGCUGUGGCCACGAUCGAGUAUGCUGACUGUGUGGGUGAAGACCUGCUGCAGGCCUCUCGGGAGGCCAUUGAAAGUGCCGUCCACAGCGCAUGCCUCCAGGGACCUCUGCUCGGAUCCCCAGUCCAGGACGUGACAAUGACGUUGCACUCACUGAUGAUUCACCCUGGCACCUCCACAACUAUGGUCACUGCCUGCAUCUCACGGUGUAUGCAGAAGGCCCUGAAGAAAGCUGACAAACAGGUGCUGGAACCUCUGAUGAGUCUCGAGGUCACAGUGAGCAGGGAGUACCUCAGCCCUGUCCUGGCAGACUUGGCACAAAGAAGAGGGAACAUUCAGGAAAUCCAGACUCGCCAAGACAACAAAGUUGUUAUAGGAUUUGUUCCUUUAGCAGAGAUAAUGGGAUAUUCAAUUAUGCUUCGAACUCAGCUACCACCUCAAAAACUUGAAGGACCCUAA